CCGUCUGUGACUCAGUGUCCGAGAACCUACGGUGCAGGUCGGAUGUGUUGCUCGUGCGCUCCGCUGAUUCCUGCACUGGUCCCUAGCCAUCAUUGGUUCUCUCCCGCGUAGGAAUCGGUCGCCUUUCGUACUUCUUUCUCUUGGACUACGACCUGUUGGAAGCCCAUUCUGUGAUUCUUAUUUAUUCUGAUUUUGGAAAAAAGCAAGACCCCUCUUUUUCUUCCCGAAUGCCUACUACUAUAUUUUCAUGGUUGCAAUCUUGAACGAAGGGGAUUUGUACACUCUGCAGUAGCGUGGCAGUGGAAAGAUUUUUGGAAUAAGGAAAAAUCUCAAGAGAAAAAUAUCUUUGGAAAAAAGGGAAAAAACAAAGUUCCGUUUCAAUGUGAGAAUCGUGGAUGGUAUUGAACAUUCAGAAGAUACUGUGAAAAGAAUUAUAAAUAUCUGCAAUUCUUCUUGAAAGCCAGGAAGAGAUUUAUCAGCGGAAGUAGUGAAGAUAAAUAACCCGAAGAUGGCGAGCUUAGUGGAACGGGUCAUGGACGGAUACCAUGAUCUCUUCACCAACCAGCGGGACCCCCGCGUGGACGGCUGGCUGUUCAUGGACUCCCCGUGGCCGACGUUCUUCAUCUGCGUGAGCUACGUGGUGAUCGUGAAGGUCCUGGGUCCGUAUUACAUGAAGGACCGGCCGCCGUUCCAGCUGCGCAACAUCCUCGUCGCCUACAACGCCUUCCAGGUCUUGUUCUCCUCCUGGAUCUUCUACGAGUUUGGUAUGGGCGGAUGGUUCCGUGGUUACUCCUACCGUUGCCAGCCUGUCGACUACUCAGAAAAUCCCAUUGCUAUCAGGAUGGCUCAUGCAUCGUGGUGGUAUUACUUCUCAAAGUUCACCGAGUUCUUUGACACGUUUUUCUUCGUCCUUCAUAAGAAGUUUGAACAUGUGUCAACCCUUCACGUAAUUCACCAUGGCUGCAUGCCCAUGAGUGUAUGGUUUGGCGUCAAGUUUACUCCAGGUGGCCACAGCACUUUCUUCGGUCUGAUCAACACCUUUGUCCACAUUGUCAUGUAUACCUACUACAUGCUGGCUGCUAUGGGACCUCGCUACAGAAGAUUCAUCUGGUGGAAGAAAUACCUGACAAACUUCCAGAUGAUUCAGUUCAUCAUGAUCUUCACCCACGCUUUCCAGCUUUGCUUCACCGAGUGCAAAUACCCCCGCGUCUUCAUCUGGUGGAUUGGAGGCCAUGCUGUCAUGUUCUUCUUCCUUUUCUCGGAUUUCUACGUUAAGGCUUACUUUAAAGGACAGCAGAGUGUAAAGGCCCUUGCCAAUGGAAAGACACGACUCAACGGAUACACCAAUGGCUACCUCAGUAAUGGCUUCUCAAAUGGCCACGUUAAUGGAUACACGAAAGUCAUGGCUAAUGGCAAAUCCAAUGGCCAUGCCAAUGGACAUGCUAAUGGACAUGCCAAUGGACAUGCCAAUGGCCAUGCUAAUGGCCAUGCUAAUGGACAUGCCAAUGGACAUGCCAAUGGACACGCCAACGGCUUUGCCAAUGGGCAUGUGGCCAAGGGCGAAGACUCCACCUCCUUCCAGACAAGAGCACGUCGGUUGGUGUGCAUGAACCCUGAAGCGCUGCUAGAAUGAGCCAAGCCCCACCCACUACCUCACACCUGAAGGCCAGCCCCAGAAGCAGCAUCUUUACUAUUGAAUGAACCCAUUCAUUGUCGCAAUCACUUGGCACAGGGCCAAAUAACAGCAAUGCGGUUGCCUUGGCUUUUCCCCUCCCCCAGCCCCCUUCUUCCCCUGCUCCUGUGCUUUGGGGAGCCUCAUGCACAAAUAGCAAUUCCAAGUCCAAAAGACAAUAUAAAUGUCACAGUUGAAUAGCCAGAUGAUUGCCAGUGUGUAAGUCCUUGUUUUCCAGUUCGGUUUAAAUUUUGUAUUUUAGUGUUAAAUUUUUUAUUUUGUAUAUUUUGUUCUUUUUUUCUCUCAUUAAGAUGCUCAAAGCAAUAACAUUUACUUGAUAGAACCUGUGUUUUUUCUAGUUAACAGUUUUAUCAACAUUCAUUCUGAUAAGAUAUUUAUUUUGAAAUGUCUUUCAAGACUUUGGUAAGCAUUUAAGCAUGGAGAUGUCUGAAGAGGCUAACUGAAUGUUGCAUAGAGGUGAAAUGAUAGCCCAAGAAAAUCAUAUGCAAAAUUUGGGAUUAACCUCCCCAGUGAAACUUUAAGGUGCUUCAGAGAAUUUGGUGGUGUCAAAAAGUUAUCUAAAACCAAAUAAGUUGAUACUAAUGAAGUAGAAAAUUGCCUCUUGAAAUGGGAGUAAACAAAAUUCUAUAUAGGCUAUAAGGAUUUAAGAAUAAUGUUACUAAGCUGGAUUUUUUUAAGUUCACAUCAAACUUGUGUCUUGAAACUCUGCUGUAGAUGUGUGAAGUCUCUCUAUGUAUUACAUAAAAUGGCAAACAAAACUUUUCAUUUUGUGGACUCGGAUGAUUUUUGUUAAUUGGAAGAAACUUCACUCUUCACAUGUUCUGUAACAUUAAAAAUGGUCAGGCAAAAUGAUCCAAAGCAUAUAUUGUGUAAACUAGUUGUCUUGCUGUUGUUUUGUUAGAUAAGGAAAAUUAUCUUGUAAAGAAAAUAAAACUAAUGUUGAAAAUAGAUUGUGACUAAUUUUUAAAAAUUUACAAUCAGUUACUCAUAUCAGUACAGCAUACCCCUAAUUGUUGAUGCACUACAGAUUGGAGUGAACUGGACAGAGCACAACUGUAGGCAUUGAUUCUAAUGUCCAUCACUCUCUAUUGGUGCCUUUUUCAUUGUUUAUUGAAGGUCAUAUACUUGACCUCUCCAACAACCAUAGCAAUCCCUGCCAUAUUAAUUUAGGAAAUGGGUAAGGAGGUAGUGUGUUAAUUGUGCAACUUAUUUUUGUACACUGUAUGGACAUGAAGUCCAGGAGAAAUGUGAUAAUAGCAGUGAAUCCAACAUGAAGGUGAAUUUUAAGCUCUUGUCCAUUCACUUGUUUCAUCAUAUGUUGACUUUGUGAGCUUUGCCAUGAGGUCAAAAUAACAGCAACUGCUCUAUAUAUUGAACUUUUUCUCUUGAAGAUAAUGGACACUUGAUUGUCUUCAGUGAUGAAAAGUUAAUCCCAUGAAUACCUUUGGAAAUUUGAUAAUGGCAAUUGACUUCGAUAACAAUCACUGCUGUAAAUCUUUGGGCUUUUUUUUUCUUUUAAUUUUUAUUUUCUCUUUCUUUUUGCUAAAUCAUACAAUUUUCUACAUCAAAUAUUACAGUAGUAAAAGUAAAAGUUUGAAAUUUUCAAGGGUACACAGUGUAUGAAGAAACAAAUAGUAUUGUCUGAAUGUAACCAUACAGAUUAGGCAAGACUUAAGAUGAGGAACCAGGAUAUCAUUGUUCAGCAUAGCAGAUAAUAGUGUGAAUUGUGUGCCUUAGAGCAAUUAAAGAAGGGCCUUGACCUGUAUCAGCAGAGGAGUAGAAUUUGGAAAUGAGCACUGCCUAAGUUUUACUUUUACCUUUAUUUCGUCUUUCUAAAUUAGUACUAGGAACAUUUUAUGUAGAGACGUUUUUUUCUCUCUCUUUUUGAGAACAUUUAAAGAGGCCCCUAUUAAUAGAGGUGAUGUGGGUUAUUGCAGUUGUAAAUUUUAUGUAGUGGCACACAAUUUGAUGUUUGUUCAUAGGUAUUCUCAUCAAGGCCAGAGACCCAAGCUGACCUGCUUGUAUUCAGGAACUUUUGUCUCUUGACUUGAGAGAGGUGACAAAUUCUCCAAAUAGUAAUAAAUGUCAUGUUAACAAAUCACAUCACAUCAAAGGAAGCUAACAUUCUUACCCAGUGAGCAAGGCAGAAGCAAGUCAGGAUCUGUUCUUUUCAAGCCUUUUAAUACAUUUUUUUGUUUUGGAAAACUUUCAGGUCAGCAUGGAACUGUAAAUCGAGAUUGGUAUUUCAUGAUAUUUACUUUUUAUUUUUCCUUUAUUCUAUUUUUUAAAAUAAUUUUUAAAAAUCAAAGAACAACUGCCGUUUUCAAGAAGUUGAUGUUGUUAGAGUUUAUUAGAUAAUUUGUUUUGGGCCUCUGUGCAUAAGAACACAUGCUCCGCCUUCUUGCCUGACUGUGCUGUUCUUGCCCUUUCAAUGCAUAUAUCAAGGAGGACUCGUUCCUUGUGAGUCAGCGUGUGGAAUUAGGUGAAUGUUAUUUUUGUUCCAGUUUUUGUUUUCGAAAAAUAUAUCUCUUGAGACUUCACUAUUUAUUUCAGGACACUGAAAGGUAAAAAAAUCUUAAAAUAUUAAAAAAAAAAUAAUAAUAAUAAAAAAAAAUCCUUAAAAAAAAGCAUGUUGGCUCAGAAUUAAUCCUUUGACCCAGAAAACAUUGAGGUUGUAGCACUAAAUUCCAAGUAAAAUGGUUGUUGCAGACCAAUCUAAAGGCCUUGAGAAUUCCACAAUUAUUUUCCAUUAAAAUUCUUGUCUGAAUCAGCGUGCUGCAGAAAUUCUCUUGUUGUCUGUGAUUAUAAUGUUUUCAGCUCUUUUUUUUUCCCUGUAAUUUGUUUUUUCUUUUUUUCUUUGAUGAUUUACAGCCCUUUCUUUCUAUUUCUGUUCUGUUAUUCCAAUUCUGUACAUUCUGUUGCUGCCAUUUUGUAUGCGUUCAUGUGUAUGUGUGUGUGUGAUUUGCAUGUAAGGGGAAUCAAGCAGUUCACUCAAGGUGCAAGAAGACCAAAGUUUGUCUCGUCAUUACAGUUGGUUGGAGGAGGAAUUAAGAGCCUGGAGUUUCUGAAGUUCAGUUGCCAAUUCCGUUGCUUUACUUAGACUAUUUUAGGCUUCCUUAAACUUCGCUAACUGACAGGCAUAUGUGUUGUUAAGUGCAGAUGUGAAUGUUUUGCAAUGAGAAUUUGUAUAUGUAAAACAUAUUCAUUUUUUGUAAAA